AUGUGCACCCAGACCGUCCUAACCACCCACCUCUGCAAAAAAUGCAGCUCCCCCAUGUCCAACACGACCACCACCACCACCACCACCACCACCAUUCCGUGUGAGGGUGGCGGCGGCGGCAGCGGCGGCGGCGGCACCGGCACCAGCAGCAGCAGCAGCAACAGCAGCAUCAAGCGCUGCCCAGGCAACUGCCCCGGCGCGGGCAAGACCAUCACCAAGGCCACCAAGAGCGGCAAAAUCUGCGGGGCAUGCACCCUGGAGGAUGUCCGGAUCUACGCAGGGUCUUUUUAG